AUGGGUGUCCUCCAGGAACUCGCGAGCCACCCGCUUGCGCAACAAUACCAAGAACUUCCUCUGGGCCAGCAGGUUGGACUUGGACUGGGAGCCUUCGUCGCUCUCUCUAUCAUCCUCAAUGUUCUCAGCCAGCUUCUCUUUAAGAACCCCAAUGAACCUCCCAUGGUCUUCCACUGGCUCCCCUUCAUUGGAAGCACUGUUACAUACGGAAUGGACCCUCCCAAGUUCUUCAAGGAGAACCGUGCCAAGCACGGCGAUGUCUUCACAUUUGUCCUCCUCGGAAAGAAAACCACUGUCGCCGUUGGCCCCUCUGGAAACGACUUCAUUCUCAACGGAAAGCUCAAGGAUGUCUCUGCCGAGGAGAUUUACACUGUUCUCACCACUCCCGUCUUUGGCAAGGAUGUUGUCUAUGACUGCCCCAACGCCAAGCUCAUGGAGCAGAAGAAGUUCAUGAAGAUUGCCCUUACCACCGAAGCCUUCCGAUCCUACGUCCCCAUCAUCGCCGGCGAGGUCCGUGAUUACUUCAAGAAGAGCGCCGAUUUCAAGGGCAAGUCCGGUAUUGUCGAUAUUCCCAAGAAGAUGGCAGAGAUCACUAUCUUCACUGCCUCUCACGCCCUCCAGGGCAGCGUCAUCCGCAACAAGUUCGACGUGUCUCUGGCCGCUCUCUACCACGAUCUUGAUAUGGGUUUCACCCCCAUCAACUUUAUGCUUCACUGGGCUCCUCUCCCCUGGAACCGAAAGCGUGACCACGCUCAGCGCACCGUUGCCAAGAUCUACAUGGACACCAUCAAGGAGCGCCGUGCCAAGGAUAACGACGACAGCGAGCACGAUAUGAUGAAGCAUCUCAUGAACUCCACCUACAAGAACGGCACCCCUGUCCCUGACCACGAGAUCGCCCACAUGAUGAUUGCCCUGCUCAUGGCUGGUCAACACUCUUCUUCUUCCACCAGCUCUUGGAUCAUGCUCCGUCUCGCUCAGUACCCUCAGAUCAUGGAGGAACUCUACCAGGAGCAGAUCAGAGAGCUCGGUGCCGAUCUCCCUCCCCUGACCUACGAUAAUCUCGCCAAGCUGUCCCUUAACCAGGCCAUCGUCAAGGAGACUCUCCGCCUCCACGCCCCUAUCCACUCCAUCAUGCGCGCCGUCAAGUCUCCCAUGCAAGUCCCCGGAACCAAGUAUGUCGUCCCGACUUCGCACACUGUUAUGGCCGCCCCUGGUGUCAGCGCUACUGAUGCUGCUUACUUCCCCAACCCCGAUGAGUGGGACCCUCACCGAUGGGAGGUCGACUCUCCCAACUUCCCUCGAAUGGCUGCCCGUGGCGAGGAUGAGGAGAAGAUCGACUAUGGCUACGGUCUCGUCAGCAAGGGUUCUGCCUCUCCUUACCUGCCUUUCGGUGCCGGUCGUCACCGAUGUAUUGGUGAGCACUUUGCCAACGCGCAGUUGCAGACCAUUGUUGCCGAGGUUGUACGUGAGUUCAAGUUCCGCAACGUCGAUGGCGGUAACACCUUGAUUGGUACCGACUACGCUUCGCUCUUUUCCCGACCUCUGGAGCCUGCCAACAUCUACUGGGAGAGACGCCAGUAG